AGGACAUGCUGAGUGUUCUAAGUGCAUGUGCGUUCAUUUCCUCCGCGUGUUUGAGGGAAUGGUUACACACAGACGAAGUCGCUCCGCUGGUGGUUCCGCCCCGCAUGGAGAGGAGCGUCGAGGGACGACGUCGUCGCCGGCAAGGGAAACGAGUCGGGGAGGUGGCGGUGGGGAGGAAGAACGACGGGCUCAAAACUUGUGGUGCGACUACAGCAAACGUGUCUGGUAUUUGGACUGGGCGAGCCAGGACGGCUCCGACCCGUUGAAACCACCGUGCGGGCCGCUCUUGUUCGUCGCCUUUCGCGGCGAUAGGACGUGUCUCGCAGGGUCCAUCGUCGAGUGGGUCGACGAAGGCGAAUACAAUUUCAAGUUUACGUUGCGGAAGCAUUACAGAAGUGACGGUUUCGUCGACGACAUCGCAAAAGGAUGCAAGGUUGCCAGGAGGAUGUUCGGCGGGUACGGUCGGCGUGCGAUGUCUUUGUCGUCCUUUGUCCCGCUAGCGCGGGGGCACGACGAGGCCUUUCACGUGACAGACUUCCUCGAGGUUUGGGCGAGAUCUGGUACCUUUGUCAGUGUCGUGGACGUCGGACCUGGGACAUCGAUCAGUGGUCCUGUUGGGUUCGCGGGAGGAGAGUGCUAUGAAAGGAGGAUAGGAGGUCAGGGUGACCUGCCAGUGACGCCUCCUCAUCAAGAGGUGGGCAUGUCAGACGACUCGGAGGACGACCAUCCGCGUGCUCCUUUGAAACCGGGCUUGCAUGGAUGUCGCCGCCAAGGUUUGCUUGGGGAGUCGACGCCACGUGGAGGCGGCGAUGGCGAACGGUUGCAACAGGGCUCAGAAUCGACGACUCCUCGUCGUCUGGUCGAAAGGAUCGGUGCGUUCGUUCGAGAGGUGCGUGGGUCAGAUGAGACGACUCGCCGGGCCCGACCUGCGCCUGCACAACUGCAGAUGGAGUUGAGCCACGAACGAGAAGCAAGUGGGAACGUCGCUAGUGAGGAGGAGGUGUCCGAGCAGAGGCUGUUCCGUGAGAGAUCGACUGAAAAGACUCAGUCGGGAGGCAAGCGCGACUUGCCAGAUGAGGAAGAGCGAAAGGGAGUAGGUGCUCUGAAAAGGCAGAGAAAGGUAGGAGGGAGUGCUCGGACGCCAACAACACGAGAGGGCGGUUCCGUUGAGAAGAGGAAAAGGGUUGGAGGUGGGGAUGAAACGCCAAAAAACUCGUCGACAUGGCGAAGAACCGGUGAGUCUUCCGGGAAACAGUCGAAAUCAUCGAGGGGGAAGAAAGCAGAUGAGGGCGACAGCGGGGAGGGGGAUGACGACGUGGAGAUUAACCUUAACGCCUCUAACCUUGACAAUGCGUUCUUCCUUGAGAUGAAGACAGGGGUGCAGAGGGACGUCGUGUUGCACAUCCAUCCCGAAAGAAUAUUGGCUAUUCCAGACUGGGAAGACGCGUACAACCACCGAUCCUUGGACGAGUUCCUCGUUGAUACCAUCGCGUCGGCUAUGAUCGAUUGCUACGAACGUAAAGACAUGAGAUACACGAAGCCCAUUUUCGUUCUCGCUCCGAUCGUUGCGCCUCCAGAGAGGGGCGAGCCUGCUGUGCGCGUGCUGCCUAGUGACUUCGACAACUCACAGCCCGAGAAAUACUGGUAUUAUCCUGUGUGUAGACAGCAUAACGCGAGGGCGGCGAUGAAGGUGAAAGACCAUCCCGUGUUUGAGUACUACAACUUCUGUAAAUGGCCGUUCAGACCGAUCUACCUCCCUGACAACGAGUUCGACGGCUACGCCCAUGUCAGCUGCGAAGACAACAUGAAAGACAAGAAGAAUCCACCGCGCUUGCAGGUUUUGUCUAUGCGGGACAUUCGCAAUAUCUGGAAAAUUAAGGGCAAACCGCAUGUAGUGCUCGACAAUGCAUCGAGGAAAAAGGAGGAGGUGCGAAAGUGGGUGCAGUUCAUGGCGUUUGCUAUGAAGAAGACACCGUACACGCCUUUGUGGAACCUGUCAACGAAAGAAAAGAAAAGAAAGGAAUGGGCUGAAAAACUUCGAUACUACCUCCUGCUGGCCAUGGCAGAUGACUCCGUCUUCGCUUUGGGGGAGAAGUUCUAUGAGGAGUGGUCGAAAGGGAAACUCCUUGCUUCCGACGGUCGACGUUGGACUGAAAAGCCGCCCACCCAUGAGGAGGUGGCCAAGCCAGGACUCUCCACUGUGACUGACAGCCAGGGGCUGAAGAAACACGUCUGGUACGUGAAGGUGGACGACCCGUCGAUGAAAAAGGGCAAGGGGAAGCCAAAGAAAGGCGCGGAGGAGAAAACUUACUACGUCCAAGUUCCUGAGCCGGAUGUCCACUGCUGGAACGAAUUGGUGGACUUGACGGACCGCGAGAAGAAAAGGCUGUUGAACGGCGUCUUGAACCUUAACUUCGAGUAUGAGGAAAUGGAUAAGCGGGAGUGGAAUGCCAACUCCACGUUCUUCAGGUCCAAGAAUCAACUGUUGGAAGAGUUCAAGGACAAAGGUCUCCAUGACAAGCUUUGGAACGAGAGCAGGAAAUUUUUUACGGACAGCGCGUACGUCAACAAGUGCCCUCAGUUUCUCGGGUGUCAACACAACAACAACAUCAAGAGAACGGCGGCCCUCGUUAACGACCAGCAUUUCUCGGCGGAGUGGAAGCGUGUUGUCUUUUCGGUGAUCACUGGAGAUCACGCUAAAGGCAAAAAAAAACCUCGAGGAGUUGAUGAGUGCAUCAACAUUUUGUGGACAAGGACAAGCGCCUUGACGACGCUGGCCCAGUUUAACGUCGACCCAUUGAGUGCCAUAGAUCACAAGGAGGCGCUGGGAAAACUAGGGCAUCAGCUAUGCUCCCACACUUGCGUGCUCGACUUGUGCGGAACUAUGGACCGUGCGCAAUGGGACUCUGGGGCAUUCGCGUCUCUGAGUGAGUUGCUGGGUUUCGUUUGUCAGGACUACUGGACAUUGGUGGUAUUCGUUCCCUGCCUGUGGAACCACUCUUUCAUGACAUCUUUGCCUGCGCUUGGGGCUACCCGAUGCUACACAGGGAAGUGGGUUAGGAAGACGGCAUCGAAGAAGACGCAUCAGUUCGGAAACAGCGUCUGGGAGGAGCCGGAUGUGAUGCACAUCCUUUUCAAAGGCGAGGAUCCUCGGCUACUGACUCACCCGGUGUACGAGGGAGUUGUUGYYGAAGACGMCGCYRCCGCUCUYCGGAGGAAAYAGAAAGUGACAMCCACGGAUGUGGAGGAGAAGUCUUUCAAGUCYYUGACUUUCGCGGACAUCGGRAACCUKACCCAGAGGGGGGCUCUGUACAAGGACGGCRAGCGGAAUCCGAAYCARUUAUGCAAUCAGCUUCUUUUCUUUUGUGGUGUGGCGGAUGUCGUGCUGUUCUUGGGCAAGCCGCACGCGCAGGUGGUGUGGAGUCUGCUUCAGCAGGGAAGGCACGUCUUGGCCGUGGAUGGGGACACAACGCAGCUUGAAUACACAGUGCAGUAUGUCACCCAUGAAGUGUUGUCGAAGGCUUACUUUUCCACCAUGUCGUGGUCGAGCCCGUUUAUGACCCGAACAAGGACAUGUUCUUCAAGUUGACUCCGAAGAAAAGACGCCAGGUCUACUCCUUCCUUUAUGGCGAACAACCAAGGUUGAGAUUUGACCAGCAGUACGUGGUGCGGAAGGAAG